CCAAUCGCUGACGCCGUUACUGCUGGUCAAUGGUAAAACAUCCUGGUGUUAUAACUUCAUAAUUUGUACCCAGACGUUGCUUAGUAAAACUGCUGGUGGAGGCGAUAGAGGGAGUUUUAAAGAUGUCCCGAGAACAGCUGAUUGUACAGAGGGCCAGGAAGUCCUUUCAGACAGGGAAGACCAAACCUUUGGAGCACAGGAUCCACCAGCUGAAGAGCCUUCUGCGGUUCAUCACCGAGAGACGGAAGGACAUAGCAGAUGCCGUUAAAAAGGACCUCAGCAAGAGUGAAAAUGGGACGGAGCUUUUUGAGACAAUGAGUCUGGAGGGAGAGAUCAAUCUGGCUGUAGAAAAGCUGGCAGAGUGGGCCGCUCCUCGGCCGGUGGAGAAGACCCUCGUCAACAUAGCAGAUGAGGUUUAUGUUCAGCCCGAGCCCCUUGGAGUCGUGCUCAUAAUUGGGGCGUGGAACUACCCUUGGGCCGUCACCCUCCAGCCUCUGGUCGGAGCUAUUGCUGCAGGUAACGCAGCAGUAAUAAAACCGUCUGAGGUCAGCUCUCACUCUGCCAAGGCCAUGGAGGAACUUCUCCCUCAGUAUCUAGACAAGGACCUGUACCCAGUGGUGACAGGCGGAGUGCCAGAGACCCAGGAGCUGCUGAAGCAGAGAUUUGACCACAUUUUCUACACAGGCAACAGCACGGUGGGUAAAGUGGUGAUGGAAGCUGCAGCUCGCCACCUCACACCAGUGACGCUGGAGCUGGGAGGAAAGAGCCCCUGCUACAUCGACAAGAACUGUGACAUCACGGUGGCGUGUCGUCGCAUCACAUGGGGAAAGUUUGUCAACUGUGGCCAGACCUGUAUUGCUCCAGACUACAUCCUGUGUGAACCUUCCAUCCAGAGCAGAGUACUGGAGGAGAUCAAGAAGUCCAUCAAGGAGUUUUACACCGAUGAUCCAAAGACCUUUGAGGACUACGGACGCAUCAUCAACCAGCGGCACUUUAAGAGAGUCAUGGCGCUCAUGGAGGGGAGCACGGUUGCUGCUGGUGGAGAUGCUGACGAAUCCCAGUGCUACAUUGCUCCCACUGUUUUGAAGGAUGUGACGAGAGAAUCCAAAGUCAUGCAAGAGGAGAUCUUUGGGCCGCUGCUGCCCAUCAUCACUGUGAGCGGUGUGGACGAGGCCAUCCAGUUCAUCAGCGAGAGAGAGAAGCCGCUGGUGAUCUAUGUCUUCUCCCACGACAACAAGCUGAUUAAAAAAGUCAUUGCUGAGACGUCCAGUGGAGCUCUGCUAGCCAACGACACCCUCGUCCACUUUACUGUCAGCGCUCUUCCCUUUGGAGGAGUUGGCAACAGUGGUAUGGGCUCCUACCACGGCCGCCACAGCUUCGACCAGCUCAGCCACAUGCGCAGCUGCCUGAUCAAGCAGCUGAAGAUGGAGGGAGUGAACAGCAUGCGUUACCCCCCUCACACUGCAAAGAAGCUGGGCUGGGCUCGGUUCUUUCUGGUGAAGCAGUUUGAAGUGAGCAAGCUGCGUAACAUGAUGAUGUUGGCCAUGCUGGCUGGCCUGGCAGCAUUUAUUGUGCAGAGGUUCCUGAGGUGAGGCCCGAGCUCUGAAGUUUGGCGCAGUGCUGGCGAUCAGCAGGCGAUCGAAGGACGGACGCCUGUUGUGAAAUAUAGCCCUCCUCUUAGUUACUGAUCCAUAUCAUUUCAUAAUCGGAUAUAUCUGAAGGAUUCGUCCCGUCAAUGUGUUUGUUUCCUCUCUGUUCUUUUACACCUUAAGCUGCUAUUGAGGUUUUAAGCAUUUCACUUUUAUUUUUUAAAUAGAACCCAACAUAUAAUUUAUAUACUAUUUUUACUUACAGAUUUUGAGAUUACAAAACUAGGAAGCAGUGAUUCACUUCAGAAUGAAAAUCAGUAGUUACAAGCUGCUAUCAGCACGAUGAGCCACGACUGACAAUGUUUUAUCCAUCUGUAAUAAUACAUUUAAAAUGAUUUUACCUUUUUCCAUUUUGUCUGCUAUUAAACCUUAAAAAAAAAGUUUGAAAUCA